GCGGCUGGCUGAGCGCAUCCUGGAACACAUGAAGCGCAACGCGGCGACGCACAUGAAACCGGACUGAUACUGAACCCAGAAAGCGGGACGUAUCGUGCCUUUUUCCCUUUUUGACAUGCUCUUGUCCGUGUGUUUUAUUUCUCUUUGUUCUACGUUAUUUCGAGGAAAGUGGACCUUUUUUUUUACUUUCCCCCGUCUGUCGCCAGCUUGAUUUUAAUUAAACCAAGGUUUAAAAUGAACGAAGAACCUGAGAACAACUUGACUCAACUGUCUGACAACUGGACAUUUUACAACUCCUCGCUGGAACCCGUCAUACGCAGGAGCAACAUCACCUAUGUUGGAUUUUACCUGCAUCAGCCGUCCACAGCAGCCAUCUUCAUCGUGUCCUACAUGCUGAUCUUCCUCGUGUGCAUGGUGGGAAAUGGAGUGGUGUGUUUCAUUGUGAUGCGGAGCAAAAACAUGCGGACUGUCACCAAUUUGUUCAUCUUAAACCUUGCUGUGAGCGACCUCCUGGUUGGGAUUUUCUGCAUGCCCACAACACUUCUGGACAACAUAAUUACAGGAUGGCCUUUCGGAAGCCUGGUCUGCAAAAUGAGCGGCAUGGUUCAAGGGAUCUCCGUGUCAGCAUCCGUCUUCACUCUGGUUGCUAUUGCUGUUGACAGAUUCAGGUGCAUCGUCUACCCAUUCAAGCAAAAGCUGACCAUCUCCACGGCCUCCUUGAUAAUAGUCAUUAUCUGGGUUCUGGCCAUAUCCAUCAUGUGUCCCUCUGGCGUGAUGCUACAAGUGACCAGGGAGCAAACCAUCCGGGUGCUACUGGGCUACGACAACAAAACGAGCCCGUUCUAUUGGUGCAGGGAGAACUGGCCCAACCAGGAGAUGAGGAAGGUUUACACCACCGUCCUGUUUGCGAAUAUCUACCUUGCUCCCCUCUCGCUCAUCGUGAUCAUGUACGCCCAGAUUGGCAUUACGCUUUACAAAACGGCGGUUCCGACGGGAGGGAAGCCGGGCCACGCAAACCGCCACUGCGUGUCAAAGAAAAAGCAACGGGUGAUCAAGAUGCUCCUAAUAGUCGCCUUGCUUUUCAUCCUUUCCUGGCUCCCUCUGUGGACCCUCAUGAUGUUGAGCGACUAUGCUAGCCUGACCGAGCAGCAGUACCGAAUCAUCAACAUUUACAUCUACCCCUUUGCCCACUGGCUAGCUUUCUUCAACAGCAGCGUCAACCCCAUCAUCUACGGUUUCUUCAACGAGAAUUUCCGCAGAGGAUUUCAAGCCGUGUUCAAGUUCAGCCUGUGCACGGCGGACGGACAGCGGAGGAAGAACUACUCGCACCGCCUGCAGGGCAACUCCGUGCUGCCCGCCAACAACGCACAAACGACCCUGGAGCCCAUUUCUGUCAACAGCCCGGAUAAGAACCCUUCCAGGCGACUCAACCACAUCCCCGAGCACGACUUGGUCAUGGAGGACCUGGACAAGGCGUCUGGCAGCAGCGGGGGUGUGACUGCGGUGUCUAUUUGAGGAACAUGCAGAGACGCUCUUCUGAGUGAUAAGCAAAGGUGUUCGCGUUCAAGAACAUCGCCACUCAUCAUUCAAACGUAAUUCCUCCACUGAGCUCAAGUAAUGUCUCACCCGAGUAGGUUUUUCUGAAGUGGACGUUUAAGGGUAGCUGGUCCGAGGCAGUUUGAACACUGUAAAAAAAAGACAAAAGUGGAUAAAAGGACAUGUAAAGCAUUUACUCCGUUUCACUGUCCUGCAGCAAACUACCUCGCAGCGUUUGCUCCUGAAACAAAACAGUUAAAUUGCCAAUUUGAAGAGAGAACACUCACUUUGCUCAUGAACCUUUCCAUAUCACCUUUAAGCCACACAUUGUGUGUUGCACAUGUUGUGCCGUGUUCAAAGUGGCAGCAGGUUGUGCUGUCGGAAUUGUAGAUACUAACCAAGAGAAAACAGUGUCGUUGGAAAGUGCAUCACUUGUCGAUCGGGAUGGGUUGAUAUGUGAUAACAAGCUACCGUCCUGCUCUAUCACACACGUUGUACGACCUGUAUAAAUGUAUAAAGAUGCAUCAAACAUGUAUGUGCUAGGAUGGCUGCAGAGCACAUUUCAAAAGUCAAAGCAUGAAUAAUUUAUAAUUAAACGUGCUUGUAUAUUGGCGCAUUAGAUGGAUUUGCAUUUGUGUAUUAUUCAAUACUAUUAAAGUACUUCUAGACCUUGAAUAGGAAAAUCUCUGUGGCCUGUGAAACUGCUGAACAAGCUUAAAACAAGGCUGCAAAGUCAAAGGGCUGUGGCAUCACAUUGAAAGACUUCAACACAGCGACAGAAGUUGAAGAUAUCUUUUAGGUUUCUGUGGCUAUGGUCAUACAGCACAAUGUUUCUUUAGACAGCGGUAUUAUAUUUCAGAGAACAGUACUCGACUGGUGGACUUCAGCACUCAAUUCCCACCUACCUCUGGAAUGUACACUUUAAACUUAAACUUUGGCAGUGUCAGGGAGGAACUAGUUAUGUGCAGCCGCAUUACGUGAUUCAAUUACAAAAUAAAUGUAAUUGUAAUCCAUUACAGUUACUGAGAAAAUUCAACAAUAUUUUCCUUUUUGAAAUCAGAAAGGAGCUCCAACAUUUCUGUACAGUGUAAAGUUUUUUUACUCAAUGUGGAAAUGCUCGACGUCAGACCUGAGCAAACAUCAAGCUCUACUGCCCAGUUAAAAACAUCUGUUAGAAAAGUAAUCCGUUGUUAUAAGUUACAUUCCUUUCAUGAAGUAAUUGAAAUAGUUGCAUUACUUAUUAAAUUGUAACUAGUAAUCUGUAACCUAUCAUACUUUAGAAACUAGCCUUCCCAACACGCUAAUUCAAUUAAAGUAAAUUAUUGUACACCUUUUUGAGGCUCCUUUUAUUAUUAUUCUGUAUUUUUACUAUUGAAUAGUUGAAUUUUACUGGGCCAUUUUAUUAAUUCUUUACAAACUAAACUAAAAUGUGAGGCGAUGAACCCACUCUUUGCGUAUGAAAGAGCUCAGAUUAUCAGUCCUUCUGAAGAGUGUGCCUGUGGUUUCCUCUCUUUGUUGAGGGAUGAAACAGCAUCUGGCUGGUAGGUUUUCACACAGAUUUCUCAUUAGCACUCACUAACUACUGGCUUUGACAGCAUGCCAAUGGACCAAUGCUCAUUAUACUGAUUAGGAUGUUAAUUAUACUUUGGUGGGACGUUGGAGACCACCGGUAGCCCCUCUGCCAGUAGCACUGCUGCUGCUGGUGAUUCGGAAAAUUCGGGCCACAUGUCUCAGGUUCCGUUGACAAAGAAAAUGCCUUUGAACAAACGCUCUUUUUCUCUGAAAUUUUUUCAGUAAAUUUAAAAUAAAAUUUAGUUCAACUGAAGAAAUAUGCAGAAUCAAGAGUUACAUUUGUGAGUCGACUUACAACAAACCUGUAAGGCUGCGCCAAUCUCAUCCACCCUUUUGUGGCCAUUUUUCCGUCGAUUGCGUCUCCAGUCUGGGAAAACAGACAUCAAUUAGUACGACAGACCUAUUUGAAACGCCCGAACGACACUUUACUUAAGAAGCUGUUACUUGACACAGAAACGCCCGAAUGAGCCUUUAAUUAUGAAGCCGUUACUUGACACAGAAAUGGAAAGAGACAAUUCUGCAGCGGAUGCACACAUUGACACCGUUAUAUUUGAUCGUUUUUAAAUUGGACAUGAAAACCCUUUUUGUACAGCGGAGAGAAGAAAAGGAUUUAUUACGAUUGUAUGCACGCCAUCUACUUAAACAAAUCAUCCAGGCUUUUAUUCUGAAAUCUGCUCUGUAAACAUGUACAUAGAAAGGUGUAAUGAUGCUGAAUUUAUUUAUUCAUGAUUAUCUCAUGAGCCCAUUACGAAUGUGCCAUGUUAAUCUCAGAUGAAGUGUUUUGCUGUUAUUUUAUUUUUAUCUCUAUGAACAGUCUUGUACAGUAAAUGGGCAAAAAAACCCAGUGAGCCUGAAAACAUAUAUCGUCUGCUGUAAGUAUGUUACUGAGUCUUAGAUUACAAGUGAUACUGUGAAUCUGUGUGAACUGACUAUUCUGACAAUUGAACAACCUUGGUUUCAAAGGUGUUUUACGAACUUUAAAUCUCUACUGUUGGUGGCGUCUGUUUUUAAAGGGGCCCAUUAUAGCCGAGAUGUAAAAAACUGUAAAAGAAAAACAGACAAACUCAUAAAAGACUGAAGGUUACAAAAAAGCUAGAAGUGACAUGGUACUCUCUGGCGGCCAUAUUGGAGGUCCUGAGCUCUUCUAGCUGUACAAUGGCAGUCCAGCGAUCCGGCCCUCGUCAUCAGAACCUUUAAACACAGGUUCUGAUGAAUACACUUAAACCCAAUUAGAGGAAACAAAUCAGCUGUUCAGAGCAGAAGCAACAUGAUGUUUUUUAGUGGAAAUCUGCUACAUGAGCAGGAAAGAGCCUCAGGAAGCUUCACUUCAUCUGGAGUACGGGAGUAGAAACUCAGAUGAACUGAUUGUGGUGGGAGACAUUUGAAUUACAUUUUGUUGGAUUCUUCUAAUUCAUUGUGGGAUUACCAGCGUACCAGAGUCUUAAAUCAGUGCCAAUUUAGAUAGAAAAUCCCUCACGUGUUGACAGUAUAGUGUGAUAAUGAUGCACAUUUUACUGACAAUGUGAGCAUUUCAUUUCUACUAUUGCAUCUGCAAAACCCUGCACAUAAAUGAUAGACAUAUAUAUGCUUCACUUCACUGUACACUUGAAACGUUUCAGAAGAACAUCUCUUCUUGAUGAGCCACAUUCUGCUGACAUUCUUCACGUUUUACAAGCUGAGGCUCGUGUAGAUGUGCUGAUAACUCUCGGCUGUACUUGAUUAGUACCAUCUUAGCUGCUUCUACAUUUCUCUGUGAUCGAUUAUUAUAAAUGUCGACAAAGCCGAUCUCACAGCACAGCUGGCGUCAUAAAGAUCUGUUUUUGUUUGGCUAUUAUAAAAUAAUGAUUUUAUCUGCAGCUCAGCAGCUUGAUGACUGCUGGUCAACAUAGACCAUUUAUAGACUCCUUCCAUUAUCUGACAACAGAAAAAAAUAUGCAAAUGAAAACAACUAUAUGGUGAAUAUGACUGCAUUAAAACACAGUGUAAGAGGGAACUCACUCCCUCGCUUUUCUCCAUCUGUGUCUCGAACUACAAACACGAGGAACAAACUGUACUGUGCAUGUGAGAAGACAAAGUCAGAAACUACUUAAAUGUAUUCUUAAUAAUUCAUUUUAAGUCAAUUGCCAGUAAAUACGAGCAUUUCUAUACGUUCACAAGUGAAUGUAAGGCUGUGACGGAGCCGAUGAAGCCGGAUGCUGCGCACGUUGGCCGUUAGUCUGCUUGUUUGAGGUGUGAAAGGUCAGAAGUAAAGCCUUACCAGAAGAGUUGAGCUGUUUGUGCAGCUGAGAGUGGUUCUACACCGAAAUAACUGCGAUUGCAGCCAAGUAUAACGCAGCAGGACUUUGAGUUCGCUGGUGGAGGCUUUUUUCCCCCCACCGAAGGGCUGCAGGCCUCAGACAGUUUAGCUCCUGUGUGACAUGACACUUGCUGAGGUAAAAUGCCGUCACAUGAAACUCAUCGGAGGCUCACGAGUUGCGUUAUGAAUUGCCGGACCAAGUUAGUCUCAAUGCUUAGAAAUAUUUGUGCAUUUGAAAAAAACGCCACAGGGAUCACGAAACAAGACAUUACGACAUGGGACCUCCAAGGUGGCACCAGACAUGGUUGCUAAGAGUUUUCUAACAGUCCUUUAGUCUCUAUAUUGUACUCGCACCGUUGUUCUUUGUGCUCAUCAUAACUCAUUCUGCCGCUUUUUGUUUUGUUACUGCAUCCAGCAUCCAGCAGCGAGACAUUGACCUCCCCAGUGAAAAGGCUUCAUGUCUCCUAUUCAGGUUUGGCUUUUUGAUGUGUGAACACGCGCCGCAAGGAGCCCCCCCUUUGUGACGCCGAUUUGACCCCCUUUUUGAAGAGCCAAUUCACAUUUCCUCACUGAAUAGCGCUGCUGACUUGGGGUCAGUGUUAUAUGGAAACGCUGAGUGCAUCUGUGAGUGUUGUGACGUCUACUGCAAAGCAUCGAGGCCCACAGGUCACGGCUGGGAUGCAAUAGCAUGUAAUUGAGUCUGAAUUCUUUCUGAAUCCACUGAAUGUAGUUUGGAUUAGCAUCAUGACAUUUUAAGCAGUUUAGCUUGAGCAAUCUGUGUAUUUUACCAGCUCAGAAACAGGAUCCCAAGUGGGACCACCAAUCAGAAAUCCAACUUCUUUUAUAAGCCUCAUUAAGGAAUGAGCAACAGCGUAAAAAACCCCAGUAGAUCAUGUUGGUUUGUUCCCCUUUUAGCCCCACAGCUAUGUCUGGGUAAUAUUAGAUAUCGAUACAAAUAUCCCCAAUACUUGGGGGGUUUGAUCGUGUCAUGUUGACAUUUGUGGAAAUGUCAACAUGUUGUCACCCUUUUAUUCCACUUUUAACAAUAUGUGCCAGAACUGCUUAAUGCAAUUAACUUUGCCAAUACAGAAAUAUAGUCUUAAGUUUACUGAUUUAGAUCAUCUGAUAAAAUGAUCAAGAUUAAGAUCAAUCAUUAGUUGCCAACACCUUUUGAGACUUAAGGCCUCCUAUGGUAUUGAGGUUCAACACCCAGCUCUACUCACAGCUUCUAAUUCAACAUUUCAUACUAUACAGUAAAACAAAGAUACAAACACAUUUCUGUUGGUUUGUUUUCAGUCUGCAGCUGUUUUGAGUAACUAUUUGCAUUCAUUCCUGCCAGAGAUGUCAGGUGUGUCCACAAUCAUUCAACAACACCUCUGGACUCUUGUUGGCAUUCAAAGCAUUGCUCGUGAGUGAUUUGGCACAAACAAGAUGUUAAAUGUGACACUCCAGUAAUAUUGAAUGUAAUGAAUUUGUACUUUUUGGUGCCUGUGGUGAAAAAAACCUCUCUCUGCUUCAAUUUUUUUUAUUUUUUUCAACCAAGUAUGGACUGAUUACUGUGAACUUCCUUUUGGGGAUCUAGAGACUCUUGGUACCUCUGUGUAGUCUGCAUGCGUAUAUCUUGUGUACUAGCAUGUGGGGUUUUUGUGUCUGCAACUACACGUUCUUAAAUAAUGUUCAAUGGAAAUUUUAAAGAUUUAUUUGUUGGGACACAAAGGCUGAUUGCUGUUGAAACAGGAAGGAAGAUCGAAGGUUGCUUUUAUAGAAGGAAAGGUAGUAAAUGGUGUCCUAUUUAAUUGUGAAGGGCUAUUCAUCACGUUUUAUAUUACCUCUGAUUGUCUGCAAAAGAAUAUAUAACUGCAAGGUUCAUAAUCAAGGUUCUGAGUAUGAAAAAAGGCUUGUGAAUGCCACUGCCAUAACUUCAUUUUCACAUAAUCUGAUGUCAUUUGCUUUAUUUGAAUGGGAUUGAGAAUUGAACUCGACGAUGUAGCUGCUGUGCCUCUGGUAAAAAGCAAACUCCCAUAAUGAAAGAUAAAUAUCAACCAGAUUUUGCCCCAAAUCUCUAACACACUGAGGAAUACAAAGUUGGCCGACUGACAACAUUUAGAUACGUGGACGACAACAUUAUAUUUACCCGAUAGAGGCCAUGAAAUGAAUAUGAAAUCAAAUAAUGAAAGCAUUCCCCUAUCGCAUUUCUGAUUAGGUUUAUCUUACGAACAUGGCAACGUAACCGCUUGACAACAUAUGCUCUGCCUUAGUGUUGUUCAGAUACAAGUGAGACAAUGAAAUAUGACCCAGGAGGUCCAGUUAGAGUGGCAGAUUAAUGCGAUUAAAGGCUGGAAAUGAGCCCAGACACCGCACAACUGUUACCCACAGACAGCAUUCUACAACUGUGGAAAUGAAUCACGGCUGCGACUGACUUAACUUUGUCAUGACGAUCGGGAGGCAAGCCGUGUUUAAUGAACCGGCUCCACACAAAGGAGUGAGAUGGGUGUGAAGUUUUCCUGCAGAUCUGAUCUAAACGUGGCCUUACAGUGGUUGCUCACGCAAAACUCGUACGUGAUGAAAACUAACAUGAGCAUAACAUGUAGAAUUGUAGAGGGGCCAUUACGUAAGCAAUAAGCAAUGAGACGUUCUGAUUCAUGGGAAAACAACAACGUGACACAGCUGAGGCAUUUCCUCCACCAGGUCUGUGUUCAUAUAUCAGAACAGCUCAGAGUGGAGUAUCACUCUUAUGCUGUGGCCAUACACCCAAGUGUUUAAAAUUGGUUUAAUGUUAGGUGUUGGUUGGGUUUCUGCAGUGAAAUACAUCUUGCACACUGAAUUAGACCAGUAGCUAAACUGUGAACCAGUAUUAUGACACAACUAAUCAGUAAUACAUAUUAUAUUAUAUUUUCUCUUCUAGUAACCACGCCUGUUAAUCAGGCGCCUCCUGAUUAACAUUUCAUUAAACUGGAAUGUUGAUUGUAUAAUUAUACAAGCAGCACAAGUAAAACAGCUUGAUAAAAAAAAGUUUAUAUUCAGAAUGAAAACUCAUCAAAACUCAUGUAGAUGUCAGUGAACGAGUCACCCUGGCUAUUUGGAACCAAGAUAAAAUAAAUCGUCUUUGACAACCCAUUUAUUAACGUAAUAGAAUUAAUUUAUUUUAAUUCUGAAUAUAAUAUAAUUAAUACAAUUCAGAAAUCAAGCUAUCUUGCGGAAGACUAGCUUAAUAAAUGUAUUUAUUUAUGACAAAUUAUUUUGACUACGUAGCAACCACUAAACUUACUCGCUCAGAUAAUUUGACUGACUAGAUCAAUAUCUGUGCGUUGAAUUCAUCCUGGCAUGGCACUUUCAUCCUGUUUUUUUCUUCCAAUAUCUGUGAAACAGCGACAUCAUAUAAGUCAUACCGUUUGAAUACAGGGAAAUUCUUAAGAUAACUAGUUAUUUUGACUAUGAUAAAAGAUUUGUCAUUUAUCUCCAGGGCAACAAGGGUAACAACAAGGCUGCGUCUGAAAUCGUUCACCAUAUACAUGUUUACCAUUUUAUACAGUAGUGGUGUGACAGUUCGUAAACCAUCAAGUGUACUCAAACUAUUUGAGACCAAUGGAUGUCUUUUAGCAGAGCCAUGACCAGAAUAAUGUUCUAUAUUGUCUUAAUGUAUAAAGCUACCAACCAGCACACAACACAGCCUGUAUUGGGAGCGAUUUCAGACACGAUCUUUCUAUUCGUUGAGUUCUUUUCUGUCUCCUUCUCGGUCUACCUGACCCGCUGUAUGCUUGCCUUCUGUCUUUCUGUGUUCUACAUACACCCAGUGACCAGAAAAAGAACCCCGUUUAGUACCACCUCAAACCACUUUUUACUUGAAUGUUGCUUAAACCUCUCCUCAAAGAGGAAUCGGCCCAAACGAGAGGUGGAGUAGUCGUGUUACCAAGUGUUCGUGCACACACUGUUGUCACAUUGCAGAAGAGCACAUUGCUAUGUGUGACAACUACGUUCAAGUCGAUAUCUGUAAGCGGUGUAGCAUUUAAGUAUCAUGCUAGCUAGGUAGCUCUGGAGAAGGACAAGCUUGUUACCAACUAGUUAGCCAGCUAUCCGUCUGCAGAGCGUCGUCAGCUAUCUUCCCAGCGAGCUACGACAACAUUUUACGGCCCCACUGUUGUGAUUGCCCCGAUAACAACAAUUGCCAUUGUCUUUUGUACUAGUCAAACUACCACGAUAAUUGUCCCGUCAAUGCCAUCGUACUAUUUUUAUCUGUUUUUUUAUAUUUAUGUUCUGAAGGCCAACCACGCAAGCUCCUCAGACAGGCAAUAAAGGCUUUAGUCAUUCCUUAGUUCAUUCCUUAGGGAAACAUAAUGUCCAUGAGCGGAUGAACCUGGAAUGUCCUGAUAAACUGAGCGCUGGCAGGAAGGUUUUGUCUUCAAUGGUUUGGCUUCAAAUGGCAACUAAAUUUAAAGACAACUUAAUCAAAACGCGACAAGACUACUUUGCUGUGAUUAGGCAACAAAACGAAUUGGUCACGUUAAGACAACUAAAGUAAAAAAACAUCCACGACCCUAACCUCCCUCAUUUGAAACUUAUUUGUGAUUCGUGAAAAGCAAACGCAGUUCUAAUGCAAAAAAACCAAACAUUUCCCUUGAAAGGUAAUUCUACAAUGCAGUUGUGUUAUACAGGAAUGUAAUUUAUAGCAGAUGGGGCUGUAAAGGACCCAGGGCUCACCAGUUGACAGCCCGAUGUCUCCAACAUUCAUCUAUCAAUGGCUGCCCCCCUCUGCAGUCUGGACUAGUAAUCUCUUCACAUGUUACAUAACAGAAAAUUAAUGAACGGCCUUUUGCAGGGACAGGGAUUCCAUUUCGCUGGUCACUGAGUGUAUAUUUACUGUUUUUUAUUGUUUUGAUAACGUGUAAAGAGUAUUGAAUCAAUGGACAAAACAAUAUUUGUGGUUGUGUUUAUGCUUUUCAAAAUUGUGUCAUUUCUGUAUUGCCUUUGUAUCAAGAGAUAUUUCAAUGUGCCCAAAAUGUGAGCGGGUGCGUCUGUGCAAAAUGUCCAAAUGGUCAUUAAUAAAGAUAUUGGUCUUAA